GUCCCUAUCGACACUUUGCCCGUAGGCAGCGGGCCUGGGCUCUAGGCGCCCAGAGACUCCACGGGGCCUCCAGGGUCUGGCUUGAGGACCUUGGCCAAAUCCACUCUGGUUCGCAUUUCCAAAAGGGACUCUUGGGCCUGGGCAUUCUGGCCUCCAGGAAGUUUGUCCCUAGAGUGGGGUGGUAGCGAAGCACAAACUGACCCGGAAGUAGGAGCGGCGGGGUCACACCUAACCUCCGGCGCGUCCUUCACGUAAUGCACCCGUCCUCCCUCCCUUUGGAAAAUUUUAAAUAUCCGUAUCUACUUAACCGUCGUGGUCCCAAUAUUUUUAAAGUAGUGAUAUUACUUCGUAGAACGGUCUGCCGGGUGAUCCUGUUCAAUACGACAGCUUUAAAGAACACCUGUUGUUUUUGUUACUUCCAUUCUCCCACUCAGGGACCCAGUGAAGUAGGUAGGGAAGGUUGCAGAGAAUACAUUUGAGAUGAAGUGACCCAAAAUCAGGAGUGUCAUUCAUAACGCCCAGUGCUCCUGGAGUGCUUUUCAAAAAUGGAAGUUUAAAACCAUCCAAGUUGUGUGUGCUGUAGUAAUAUUGAGCCUUAAAUCCCUGCCGCUCUCCUACUUUUUCUGUUGAGGAAUUCCGAAUUUGAGGAUUAUGCUAAAGAAAGAUAUGGAGUAUCUUCAAUGAUACAAUCACAAGAAAAACCAGAUCGAGUUUUGGUUCGGGUCAGAGACUUGACAGUACAAAAAGUUGAUGAAGUUGUUUGGGUGCGUGCAAGGGUUCAUACAAGCAGAGCUAAAGGAAAGCAGUGUUUCUUAGUCUUACGCCAGCAGCAGUUUAAUGUCCAGGCUCUUGUGGCUGUGGGAGACCAUGCAAGCAAGCAGAUGGUUAAAUUUGCUGCCAACAUCAACAAAGAGAGCAUCGUGGAUGUAGAAGGUGUUGUAAGAAAAGUGAAUCAGAAAAUUGGAAGCUGUACACAGCAGGAUGUUGAGUUACAUGUUCAAAAGAUUUAUGUGAUCAGUUUGGCUGAACCCCGUCUGCCCCUGCAGCUGGAUGAUGCCAUUCGGCCUGAGGUAGAAGGAGAAGAGGAAGGAAGAGCUACUGUUAACCAGGAUACAAGAUUAGACAACAGAGUCAUUGAUCUUAGGACAUCAACUAGUCAAGCAGUCUUCCGUCUCCAGUCUGGUAUCUGCCAUCUCUUCCGAGAAACUUUAAUUAACAAAGAUUUUGUGGAGAUCCAAACUCCCAAAAUUAUUUCAGCUGCCAGUGAAGGAGGAGCCAAUGUAUUUACAGUGUCGUAUUUUAAAAAUAAUGCAUACCUGGCUCAGUCUCCACAGCUGUAUAAGCAGAUGUGUAUUUGUGCUGAUUUUGAGAAGGUUUUCUGUAUUGGACCAGUAUUCAGAGCUGAAGACUCCAACACUCACAGACAUCUAACUGAAUUUGUUGGUUUGGACAUUGAAAUGGCUUUUAAUUACCAUUACCAUGAAGUAGUGGAAGAAAUUGCUGACACCUUGGUACAAAUAUUCAAAGGACUUCAAGAAAGGUUUCAGACUGAAAUUCAGAUGGUGAAUAAGCAAUUCCCAUGUGAGCCAUUCAAAUUUUUGGAACCAACUUUAAGACUAGAGUAUUGUGAAGCUUUGGCCAUGCUUAGGGAAGCUGGAGUUGAAAUGGGAGAUGAAGAAGAUCUGAGUACACCAAAUGAAAAACUGCUUGGUCGUUUGGUAAAGGAAAAGUAUGAUACAGAUUUUUAUAUUCUUGAUAAAUAUCCAUUGGCUGUAAGACCUUUCUAUACUAUGCCUGACCCAAGAAAUCCUAAACAGUCCAACUCUUAUGAUAUGUUUAUGAGAGGGGAAGAAAUACUGUCAGGAGCUCAAAGAAUACAUGAUCCUCAGCUGCUGACAGAGAGAGCCUUACAUCAUGGAAUUGAUUUGGAGAAAAUCAAGGCUUAUAUUGAUUCUUUCCGCUUUGGAGCCCCUCCUCAUGCCGGUGGAGGCAUUGGGUUGGAACGAGUGACUAUGCUGUUUUUGGGAUUACACAAUGUUCGUCAGACCUCAAUGUUCCCCCGUGAUCCCAAACGACUCACUCCUUAAAGAAAACUGUGCAUUUUCUUCCCAGUAACCUGCUGUUGACCAGGCUGUUGCUUAGGUACUUGAAAAUAUGCAAUAGAAUAAAGUCUUAUAUAGAGUGCCACAGUUAUUUUUUGGACUAAUUCAGUGUAGGAUGAUUUGAAACAGAAGAUUUUUUUAUAACUUUGGACAGACCAGUAGGAAAUGCUUGAACAUUUUAAUGAGAAAUUCAUUGAUUAUGAUAAAAAUUCAUACUCUAUUACAACAAAAAAUGUUAAUAACAGUUUUAAACAGUUAAGAUUGUGGAUUUUUUUCGUUUCCAUAUUAACAUGAACAUAGAAUUGAUGUCUUAAAUUUUCAAUAUUUGAUCUUAUUUUUAAAAAUUAUAUUAGAAUAAUAAUUGGGGAAGUAUCUGAGAUUUUAAUGAGUGUAUAAUUGGCAUAUCAUAGAAUGUUAGGCAGAAAGCAUCAGUUCUUGAAAAUUAUAACAAGAACUCAGGUACAGUAGGAGAACAUACUGGUUAGAAAAUAUGAAGUAGUCAAUAAAUAUUGUCUUAAAUUGUUAAAUUCUAAACUUGAAUUUCAAUAAAUUUUAAAUCUAAUUAUA